GGCUUUUAGGACACAAAAAUCCCUGCGUUGACAGUGAUUAACAAUGACGCGCUGGUCCGUCAACAAAAACCGUUCGACUUGUGGUCCGAUGGAAUAGCUGUCCGUAAAGAAACAUGUACGCUUUGCUGUCCUGUAUCAACCAAACCGACUGGAAAAUUAGCUAAGUGUGAACGUGAAACAAGCUCAAAAAUACAAUUUUUCUACGUAGUUUUAACCGGUAAAUUUAAACGGGCCGCUAUAUCUGACGAUUUGUAAACGUAACACAAGUUAAUGACAUUAUGUAAAUUGUAGCGAGAAAUUUACGUCAACGUCCGGGUCUGUCUUCUUUAAAAGAGGCUGCAAGUCGGUGUGAGCAAACCAGAACAAGUUGUUCUUGUUACAUUCGAGCAUGGACGCGUUUGCAAAAUUCACAAGCCAAAGUCAAGGAAGGGACCGUAUAUUCAGGGCAACUCAGUAUGCAUGUGCACUAUCGAUAUAUUUACUUCAAAAGCACUCAGACAGAAAGGACCUUGUGGCAAAACUUAAAAGUCUCGAAGCUGCCAUGAGCGCCGGACGAAAAUUGUUCAGGCUGGGAAACACAAUAAAUUCCAUUGAGGCUGCUAAGCGAACCAUGCAACUCUCUGACCGAGUGCUGUGCCUGUGCCUAACUGCGGUCAACAUCAACCGCGCUCUCUACUUUGUCUGUGACAAUGUACUUUGGGCCAGAAGUGUCGGUCUUAUCCGUGAUAUCAACAAAGAACGCUGGAGCCUAAAUGCCUCUCGCUGUUACUUGCUCUCACUAGUUCUGUAUCUGACGAGAGAUGUUUACGUGGUCGUCCAGUUAAUGGUACAGAGAGCAAGAGAUAAACACUUUAGACAGAAAAUGGAUCAGCAUCUCCGUGAGAAUCCAGAAGUGGCUGACGUUGUCAUUCCUCAGCUGGAUGCUUUUCUCUUUCUGCUGUUGGAUAGCCUAAAAUCACAUCCGGAUGUUGCCUUAGACACACUGAAGAAUAUAUGUGAUCUCUUCAUUCCUUUAGACAGAUUGGGAAUAUACCAGUCUAAUGCAGGAGUGGUAGGAUUUUGUGGUCUAAUUUCCUCACUGAUUGGGAUUGUAACCCUUGCACAGCCCAAGUUAAGAAUCAGUCCAUGAUAAUAAGGGUGGUGACUGACUGACUGCAGAUAAAAAGGUUUAUCAUGACAAUUUUUUUAGUGUCAUCUAGCUGGAGCUGUAAUGGUGGACUAAGGUCAACCUGGUUGCACAAUGAAAUUAGGCAACAUGUCAGAGGCAGGUUAGAAUGGCAUGCAUAUUUUACACCAAACUCAAGUCAGCAAUAAAUGAACUACUUGCAGGAUUUGUUUUUUUUUUUUAAAUCAUUUUGAUGAACUCAAUACGGUACUUUUGAAAUGGGCACAAUAAAUGCUUCAAAUGGGGACCAGUUAAAGUUUGAAGCACUGGUUUAGAAGGAAGCAAGUUAAAGUAGUAGCCUUUUGUGUGUUUUCUAAACUAAACAUGACUAAACAUGUGUGAAUUCCUCUAACACCACAUAGAACACUGGUAGUUUUAUAACUAGAGAACCUACAAAACCUACACCUGAGAGAGUUUGGGGAAAUACCUCACCCUUUAUUUAUUUUUUUUGUUCUGCUAUGCAAGACAUGGUCUGGACUCUCAGCAGAGAGAUGGAUGUGAAUCAUGUUACUAUUUUGAUGAACAUGAUUAUUUGUUUACAAUCAGAUUCUUAAAAUAUAUUUUUAGGAAUUCUGUGUAUGUUUAUGUUUUGUACACAAGAAUAAACUGGAAAACUCUAACUUCUCUGAGUAAAUAAUGAGAACUUCAGUGAUAAAGCUGCAUGUGCCUUGAUUUAUUAUCACAAUUUAUUAUGGCAAUAAUUUCAUCCAGUUCACGUUUGAUUUAAUUGUUAAUAAAAUUAUAUAAUAAACGUAAUGAUUCAAAACUGUUCUUUUUAAAAACUACAAUUUUUGAUGUUAAUAGUCAUUGACUGAAUGGUGAUCCGUGGAGAACAGUUGUGGUUCAGUUUAGCAAUAGAGUAACACUGCCCUCUUGGGGAAACAUGACGUCUUGGUGGCAAUUGAAAGAGCUUUAUUUUUCAAUUAUACUGAGACAACAAUACACUUUAUUUUCUGAAAGCUUUUCUCAACAGAAUGACAUUGUGAUAAAGCAUCCACCAUUUAAAAAUCGAAAAAAUAUAUUCAAUUUCCCUUUCACCAUACUUUUGAGUUUCGCUGUGAAAACAAGGAACUAACUAUGCAAAGAAAGGACAAACACAUACAAAGCAAUAAAUAAAGACAUUUGUUCUCCUAGGUAGAGCAGUUGCAGUCACUUAUAGUUGGCAAAAUGUUUGAUUUCACAUUUCCACAGAGGCAUUGAUUUUCCAGUGCCAACAAACUAGUUAAAUGCACCUGUAUGUAAUAUGUAGAAAUAGUUUGCUGGGCUGGAAAUGGACAUUAAAACAAAACCAAAUAGCUAACAUUAGAUGCAAUUUAACUGGUGUCCUGGAAAACCUUAUUUAUUUUAUUUUUUUUUUAACAAUGUUGAAUAUUCAACAAAAUGUUCCAUUUAAACAGUGCUGAUACACUUAAUGCAAUUCACAAGGCAUCUGAUAUCAACUCAUUAUAAAAAUUAUGAACGAAGCACUUUUGAAAAGUGGCAACAGUGUGAAACUACAGACGUGUACAAACUGCUGGCCCAAGGUUGUAUUUUUUCCAGAAUACCAGAAUAAUCAUUACAUGCAGAGUUAAUCUGCUUUAUGAAUGUAAAAGGCACCUUCAGUAGUUAGAUCCUGCAACAUUAAAAAAAAAAAAAAAAAAAAAAA